AUGAGCAUGACGUAUCUCGUCUUGGUCGCGGCUGUGAAUCUGUGGGCGUUCCGGGUGGUGCCUCUGGACACCUUUUUGACCAAAAGCAGCGUCGGUGGUUGGCGUGACUUUGUUUCCUUCAACAUCGACUCCCUUGACACCGUCUAUCUUUUUAUUGCAUUUGAAAGUAUAGUGCACCUGGGUGAAGAGACACGCAACCCGAAGCGAGCCGUGCCAACGGGAAUGUUCUGGGGUUAUGUUGCGAAUGCAGUCAUGGGCUUCAUGAUCGCCAUGCUCGACUUCAACGACAGCGCCUUCAUCGCCUCGGCGCCAUCACUUCGUCGUCGGCACUGGCGGUGCAAGUCAGUUACGUCGUCGCGCUCUCUUGUGUGA